GCUUCCAGAUGCCCACACAGCUUCGGGCUCCUGGGAAAUGUGGAGUUGUCUGCAAGAGAGACCAAGAGCUGAAGCCCAGAGAGGACAUGCCUGCUGAUGUGAAUUUGCCCCAGCAGCCCCAGGUCCUGUGUCCAGAGGAGCAGGAUGGAUCAUGUGAGGGAUCAGUGUCAUUUGAGGAUGUGACCAUGGACUUCAGUAGGGCGGAGUGGCAGCAACUCAGCCCUGCCCAGAGAUGCCUGUACCUGGAUGUGAUGCUGGAGAUCUAUAGCCACCUAUUCUCUAUGGGGUCUCACAUUCCCGACCCAGAGGUCAUUUUCAGGAUGGAAAAAGAAAAGGAGCUAUGGAUAGAGGAGGCUGAACUCCCACAUCAGAGGCAUCAAGAAAUGAAGUUUGGUCUUAAAACCCCACAACAGGAAAUUUCUGGAAGAGCUUCAUUUCAUAAUGAUAUGGUGGACAAAGUCCCAAGGGAUGGCUCUUGGUAUUAUAUUUUAGAAGAACUGUGGAAAGAUGCUGACCAUACAGAAAGAGAGCAGCAAAAUCAAAAUAAACCACAUUAUAGGGCUCCCCUCAACAAGAAAAAAUUGAAUACAAAGAGAGAUUGUGAAUAUAAGGACCCUGGGAAAAUCACUCAUGUGAGGCCUCACCUUGUUUCUUCACAAAAAAGACCUCGUAAACAUUGUUCAUUUGCAAAAACUUUGAAGCCUAACCUAGAAGUCAAUUGUCAAAAUCAAAGCAGUACCACAAAACACCUUGAUGAGAUUAUUGGAUCUGGUCAGCUACUCACCCAUAGCUCUUCCAAUGCUAGCUGCAAGAACAUUCAUACAGGAGAGAACGUCUGUAAACGUAAUCAAUGUACGAAAGUCCUCAACCAUAAACAGUCAGUUGCACGACCUCAAAUUCAUACCCAGGAGAAACCAGAUAAAUGUACUGAAUGUGGGAGAGACUUCAUGCAGAAGUCACACCCCAUCAAGCCACAGAGAUUCCACAGUGUUGAAAACCUCCAAGAACGCAGCAAAUGCAGAAAAGCCUUCACCUCACAACCAAAAUUUGGUGAAUAUCUGACAGAUCACACAGGUAACAAACCUUAUAUAUGUAAGGAAUGUGGAAAAGCCUUCAUUCAGAGGUCAGAGUUGAUUAUACACCAGAAAACUCACACUAGAAAGAAGCCCCAUAAAUGCCAUGAAUGUGGAAAAGACUUUUUCCAGAUGCUCUCUCUCUUCAGACAUCAGCGAAUUCAUACUAGAGAAAAACUCUACAAAUGCAGUGAGUGUGGGAAAGGCUUCUCCCAGAAUUCGACCCUUAUUAUACAUCAGAAAAUUCAUACUGGUGAGCGGCAGUAUGCAUGCAGUGAAUGUGGGAAGGCCUUCACCCAGAAGUCAACGCUCAGCUUACACCAGAGAAUCCAUUCAGGGGAAAAGUCCUAUGUGUGUAUCAAAUGUGGGCAGGCCUUCAUCCAGAAGGCACAUCUAGUUGUGCACCAAAGAAGUCACACAGGAGAGAAACCUUACAAGUGCCACAACUGUGGGAAAUCAUUCAUUUCUAAGUCACAACUCGAUAUACAUCAUCGAAUUCAUACUGGGGAGAAACCUUAUGAAUGUAGUGACUGUGGAAAAACCUUUACCCAAAAGUCACACCUCAAUAUACACCAGAAAAUUCAUACUGGAGAAAGACACCACAUAUGCAGUGAAUGUGGAAAAGCCUUCAACCAGAAGUCAAUACUCAGCAUGCAUCAGAGAAUUCACACUGGAGAGAGGCCUUACAAAUGCAGUGAGUGUGGGAAAGCCUUCACUUCCAAGUCACAGUUCAAAGAGCAUCAGCGAAUUCACACUGGAGAGAAGCCCUACGUAUGCAGUGAAUGUGGGAAAGCUUUCAAUGGGAGGUCAAAUUUCCAUAAACAUCAGAUAACUCACUCUAGAGAGAGAACUUUUGCCUGUUACACAUGUGGGAAUUCCUUCAUUCAGAAAUCAGAGUUGAUUACACAUCAGAGAAUUCAUAUUGGAGAGAAACCUUAUGAAUGCUAUGACUGUGGGAAAUCCUUCAGUAAGAAACCACAACUCAAAGUACAUCAACGAAUUCACACAGGAGAGAGACCCUAUGUAUGUUCUGAAUGUGGGAAGGCCUUCAACAAUCGAUCAAAUUUUAAUAAACACCAAACAACUCAUACCAGAGACAAAUCUUACAAAGCAGUUAAUUCUGUGAAAGGCUACACCUAGAAAUCAAUACCCAGUACAAAUUAAUGGAUACAGAAAUGAAACAAACACUCUGAAUUUCUUGAAGAAAAAUAAUCUCAUGAGUCAGAUUUAAUUGUAUAUUUUGGAUUCAGAAAAAAAAUCUGUGCAUUGCAUGUCACAAAGUUCCACAUUCUUCUAUGUGAAGGAAUUACUCAGAAAAGAACUUUUAAGAAUGAGUAGAAUUUUCCAUAUUUGUGGUAUCCUUGUUAAGGAUUAUAAAACUCAUCUGGGGAAGAAAUUGUGGCUAAUGUCUUGAGAAAAGUAUUUCUGUAGAAAGGGAUAAAAGUCAGAUUGGAAAUCAUGUUAAUGAUAACUGUGUUCAAUGUGAGAUAUCAAUAUUUUUAAAGUGCCAGCAAACAACAGGACAAUUAUGUAUGUAUGUAUGUAUGUGUAUUUGUAUGUAUAUUUAUAUAUGUAUGUAUAUUUACACACACACACCCUCAGUUCUGUAGUGUUUGCUACAAAAUCCACUGCAUAACAGGAGGUGUGGAUAGAUGAUAUACUUUUUAAAGAAUGUAAUGAUUAAAUUUAGUCCUUAUUGAUAUUUAUAUCUUGAGAUUGCACAGCCAAUAAUUGUUCAUUUCUUUAUGUAGACACAUGAAUGUGCGUUUUGGUAAAUGCGUAAAUGUGACUGUAUAAUGUAUACUGGUAUUCAUAAUGUAGUGUUUCUCUUUGUUCGUGAAUAGCUCAGCUCUACCCUCGCUUUUUCUUUCCACUCCACCAUCUGUGAUAAGCCUCGUGGAUAACCAGUGUAUGGACUGGUUAUGGACUCUCUAAUAUUUUUACACAGGCUCCUAAUCAUACACACCAGGAGCAGGCAAAUGCUACCAGCUAAGUCUGGUCUGCCACCUGUUUUUUUAAAUAAAAUUUUAUUAGGACACAUUCA